CGGCAGUCCUCAAUCAUUACUUCCGGGUGAGCGGAUGUAAACACAAGGAAAACGCCUUUAAUUUCCAGACAACAUGACGAAACUGGAAUUAUUAAACGUUUUUCUGAACGAUCGGCUUACGGCGGCGGCCGAGGACAUCUUUAAAGCCAUCAAGAACACGGUUGCGGAGUACCAGGACGAGAUCCUCCGCUUCAAGGAGGAGAACGAGCGGCUCAAGAGGCUGCUGAACGUGGCAGUGCAGCGCAUUUUACUGCAGCCCGUAACGAAUUCGAUCCCACCGCCAGAAGAACCAUCUUCAGACCCACUGCCAUGCGAGGACAGACUGGCACCUGCCAGUCGGGGGGACCGGGACAUGUCCCCGCCACCCAUCAGAGUGAUAAAGGAGGAAGAGGAACAGAGUCCGGUCAGAAGCGAUGAGAACAACACAAGAACCUCCCUGUCCAUCUUCUCAGGAGAAAACGGUGGUCAGACUGAGCGAGAACACAUGUUGGUGGAUCUGUCACCUUUCCAACCCUCGUAUGACAGAGUGAUUGAUGAGGUAAAAACAGAACAUAUUCUAGAAGAAAUCGAUCGGUUUGGCCACAGCCCAACCGCUUUGCAACCAGUUUGUUCAAACUUCCAUGAAGUGCAGACGGACCCCUGCGCCGAUGCCCCACACGGCGACAUCAGGCUCCCAAACGGACCCAGCAUCUCCGCGGAUAAGGAACAGGACACGAAGCCCACAGGGCACUCGAGCGACAAUACAAACGUGGGCGUGCCGGCCCUGCGCCUCAAGGGCGUGCGGCCCCUCCGGCCCCCGAGGGCCACGUACCAGAGCCAGAGCCUGCAGAAGGUGCACGCGUGCCGGGAGUGCGGCAAGUGCUUCAGCUUCGCCUGCCAGCUGGAGGUCCACAUGCGCUGGCACACCAAAGAGAAGCCAUACGGCUGCACCGUGUGCCGCAAGAGCUUCACCACGGUCAGCAUGCUGCGGCGGCACCACCGCAUCCACACUGGGGAGAAGCCCUUCCGCUGCCACGUGUGCGGCAAGUGCUUCAACCAGUCGGCCCACCUCAACACGCACUUCCGCCUGCACACCGGCGAGAGCGCCCGCUGGUCCCGCAUGGUGCCCCACUCCUAGGGCCACCGGGGAGGGGGCCACCGGGGAGGGGGCCCCACUCCUAGGGCCACCGGGGAGGGGCCUGCACUAUAGAAAAAGAUCUGUGAAGGGGAUUGUGGUUGACGUGUGUGUGCUGGUUCCUUUGCGAUGUACGUGGUAGCCGUGUGCCUACGCUUGGUUUUGUGUUUAUUGUGCAACUAGUUUUGAGUGGAGUGCUUUUCUCAUGUCCAAAUGUUUGUUUAGUUUAUUUGUCCAGCGAGAACCUCACGUGAUUUUAGAUAUUAACCUAUUUGAUUUCAGAGAUAUUUAGACCCUAAAUGUAUGUUUCUCUUUCAUAAAAAGGGCGCAUGUAACCAUGGUGGACCGUG